GUCGACGCGUCGGGCGCGUAAAGUGGUCCUCUUUUGCAUGCUCGCUUUCCCUUUCGUACUUUGAACCUGCCUGAGACUCCAACCCCACUUCACCUCCCACACAUUACCAAAAGCCUCUCUUUUGCAUUGCACCUUUCCCUCCUCUGUUUGACAACCCGAACCCAACACAAAGAGGAGACGAUCAGGCACAUUCAGGAUGAGCUCACCUCUGAGACCCAAUCCAUCGUCCGCCAACCGCGGCGCCGCACCUCGCUCUGGCCUUAAGAGGUCUCGAGGGGCCGGCGAUGAUGUUUCCUCAUCUGUUGCCGCCGCGUCAAGCCCCAUGCCCUCAUCACCACCGGCUUUUAAUAUUGCUCAUGGAGGCGAUGACGACGACGAUAUCGAGGACGAGCCUGAAAUCCAGGACGACAUUGACGAGCUCGACGAGAUGGCUGAAGAUGACGUCGAUCUGUUCCGUGAGGGAUUCGAACAUGACUACGCCGAGCGGGAUGCCAACGACACCUACGAGGGCGUCGACCUUGAUGAUGAGGGUGAUUAUGGAGACAUGGACAUCGCCGAGCGCCGCAGGCUUGAGGCACAAUUGAAUCGCAGGGAUCGCGAAGUCGCUCGCAGACAGCGCAUGCCUGCUGCCUUCCUUCCUAGCGACGGGGCGGAAUCCCCGGGGAUGGACCUGACUGCGCAGCCUCGCCGAAGGCGUCACCGCUACGACGAGGACCCAGAUGACGACAUGGAUGUCGACAUUAUGGACGAAGAACUGUCCCUGGAAGCACUUCGAGACGUCAAGUCGUCCAACAUCACCGAGUGGGUGUCUCAGUUGAAUGUGCAGCGCUCCGUCAAGCGCGAGUUCAAGUCAUUCCUCACCGAGUACACGGACGAGAACGGAUUGUCUGUCUACGGAAACCGUAUUCGCACAUUGGGUGAGGUCAAUGCCGAGACCCUUGAGGUCUCGUACACCGAGCUCGCAUCCGAGAAGGCCAUCCUUGCCUUCUUCCUGGCAAAUGCGCCAACCGAGAUGCUCAAGUUGUUUGACGAGGUGGCCAUGGACGUUGUGCUUCUUCACUACCCAGACUACGAGCGCAUCCACGCCGAAAUCCAUGUCAGGAUCUACGACUUGCCCCUGAAUUACACAUUGCGACAACUUCGACAGCAACAUCUCAACAGCUUGGUUCGAGUCAGCGGUGUCGUUACACGACGUACCGGCGUCUUCCCGCAGCUGAAGUAUGUCAAAUUUGACUGCACCAAGUGCGGGAUCACGCUGGGCCCCUUCCAGCAGGAGUCAAAUGUUGAGGUCAAGAUCACCUACUGUCAAAACUGUCAAUCUCGCGGGCCCUUCACAGUAAACUCUGAGAAGACAGUCUAUCGUAAUUAUCAGAAAUUGACUCUGCAGGAGUCACCAGGCACAGUCCCCGCUGGUCGUUUGCCGCGCCACAGAGAGGUCAUUCUUCUGUGGGACCUGAUCGACAAGGCCAAGCCCGGCGAGGAGAUCGAAGUCACCGGCAUUUAUCGCAACAACUACGAUGCGCAGUUGAACAACAGGAAUGGAUUCCCGGUCUUUGCCACCAUCCUCGAGGCGAACAACGUCGUCAAGGUCCAUGAUCAGCUUGCCGGGUUCCGGCUGACUGAAGAGGACGAGCAAGAAAUCCGCAGACUGUCCAAGGACCCUCAGAUCACCGACAAGAUCAUCAACUCGAUCGCUCCCAGCAUUUACGGCCACACAGACAUCAAGACUGCGGUGGCGCUAUCUCUCUUCGGCGGUGUAGCGAAGACGACCAAGGGCUCUCACCACGUCCGUGGAGAUAUCAACGUUCUUCUGCUGGGUGACCCUGGUACUGCGAAAUCACAAGUACUCAAGUACGUCGAGAAGACCGCCCAUCGCGCCGUGUUCGCGACUGGCCAGGGAGCCAGUGCUGUGGGUCUCACGGCUAGUGUCCGUCGGGACCCUCUGACCAGCGAAUGGACUCUGGAGGGCGGUGCCCUCGUGCUGGCCGACAGGGGAACAUGCCUCAUCGACGAGUUUGACAAGAUGAAUGAUCAGGAUCGGACAUCCAUCCACGAGGCCAUGGAGCAACAGACCAUCUCCAUCUCCAAGGCCGGUAUUGUCACGACGCUGCAGGCACGCUGCGGUAUCAUCGCUGCCGCCAACCCUAUCGGUGGCCGCUAUAACUCGACGAUCCCAUUCUCUUCCAACGUGGAGUUGACGGAGCCUAUUCUGUCUCGUUUUGAUAUCCUCUGUGUUGUCCGCGACACCGUGGACCCAUCUGAGGACGAGCGUCUUGCCCGCUUCAUUGUUGGAUCGCACAGUCGCAGCCACCCAACCGACACUCAGAAGACAAAUGACGACUCCAUGGACGUAGAGGGCGAGACCCAGGCCACCGAGACCCAGGCCUCUUCUAGAGCAGCUACGGGCGCCAACAAGGAGGGCGAAAUCCCACAAGAGCUUCUUCGCAAGUACAUCCUCUGGGCACGUGAGCACUGCUCGCCGAAGCUGGGCAACAUGGACGAGGACAAGAUCUCGCGACUUUUCGCCGAUAUGCGCAGGGAGAGUCUAGCCACCGGCGCCUACCCGAUCACAGUCCGUCAUCUGGAAGCCAUCAUCCGUAUCAGCGAGGCUUUCUGCCGCAUGAGACUGGCCGAUUACGUUACGUCGCAGGACAUCGACCGAGCAAUUGCCGUUACCAUCGAGAGUUUCGUUGGCAGCCAGAAGGUGAGCUGCAAGAAGGCCCUGGCCCGCGCCUUUGCCAAGUACACGCUGGCGCGGCCCAAUGCCGGGCAGCGGAAAGGUGGCUCGGCUGCUCGCGGAGGCCGGUCGGUAGCACAGGCGGCUUGAUUGUAUCUUAGUCGGAGAGCAUGCUGUUUUUCUUUUUCUUUUCUUUAUCAUGUUGCUGGCGUUUGGUCUUGUGGCACCCGGCUUGUGUUUGUGUACUUAGGGAACAAUACCUGGUCAAGUUGGUGGUCCCAAAUGGGGGUUUGACGAUGAAUACGUGAGACUAGAGCCUCGGAAGCUUUCCAUAAUAGAGUGAAAUCUGAGAUUAGUACCUUGGUCCUA